GAGAUGUCAACAGUCACGCGUGGCGUUUCCCACUCCUGGAUGGAAUGCAGCCAGGUCAUGAUGGCAAGAGCAACGGGGAGACUGGAGAGCCAGUCCUUCGGGGCGGCCAGUCAGUCCCCCGGCCACGCGGCGCCUGAGGCUGAUGCCUGAUUUCUCCGCCUUUGCCGCCGGGGCGCCUUUCGCGCGUGUAAAGCCCACACUGCGCCGCCUGGGUGACAUCACAGCCGCUUCUAGUCCUUGAGAAGCGGGAGGAUGAUUAGCUGAAGGAAUUGGCCGCUUCUGCCAAUCAUAAUCCUCCAAAGCCGGCUUCGUAGUUCUAUCGGCAUUCUGCCGAAGGGAGGAAGGGAAGAGGCGAAGCAGCCGGUCCUCCUCGGGUGAUGAAGUAGUUCUCCUCCCUCGCCUCCUCUUCUUUUGCUCUUCGGUGACUGCUGGGCUUGUCCGAGAAGCAAGCCGCUUUCCAACGGAGGCUUGAAUCCUUCCAGCUGGGAAGGGUUAAAGAGAGAGAGAGAGAGGGAAAGAGAGAGAGAGGAGGACCGUGUGUAUACAUAAAAAUGUGACCGCCGCUCCCACGGAGUCCAGUGGAGAAGGCAGCGCAGCAGGAGGCGUCUUCUUGGGAUGCUAUGCAAGCAGUGGGCAUGAGGUGGGCAGAAAAGGCAGAGGGAAAGUCCUGCCUUGCCCGGGGCUGAAGCACAACACUCUCCGGAAGAGACACGUCCCAUGGACUUGCCAAGAACAUCUCUUUGGAUAAUGUUAAGCGACUUUUCAAUUGAUUAUUUGGAACUGGUGCAUUCAAAGAAGACUGCUUCCAAUAUAAAUUUGCAACUCCUUGGACUCUUACAUCGCAAAGUUUCAUAGCCUCAUCCACCACCCUUAUAAAUGCAUUGCAAUGGUCACAUGAAUGUUUGGAGAGUGGCACUCAUAACUUGGCUUGUUUAUAAUGGCACUUUAGAAGGAAGAAGCCACUUGUUUUUUUAAAUAAACAGAAAGUGCUGCAAAGAAAAAAUGAAUCUGAUUGUGAAACUUCGUAGAAGUUUCCGAACAAUAGUAAUACUCUUAGCUACUUUCUGUUUGGUGAGCAUAGUCAUUUCUGCUUAUUACUUGUAUACAGGUCACAAGCAAGAAAUAGCUCUUAUUGAGGCAACAGAUGGGAUAGAAUGUGAAAAUCUUAAACUCUUACCAUAUAGAUCAAUGGACCUUAAAAUGGUGAAACCAAUUGAUCCAUCUAGGACUGACCCUACUGUGCUACUGUUUGUUGAAAGCCAGUAUUCUCAGCUUGGCCAAGACAUCAUAGCUAUUCUGGAGUCGAGCCGAUUUCAAUUUCAGAUGGUGAUUGCAUCUGGGAAGGGGGACAUUCCUCCACUGGCUGACAAUGGCAAAGGGAAAUAUAUCCUGGUGAUCUAUGAAAAUAUUUUGAAGUACACAUCCAUGGAUUCUUGGAAUAGAGAACUCCUGGAGAAAUACUGUGUGGAAUACAGUGUUAGUAUAAUUGGUUUUCAUAAAGCCAAUGAGAACAGCUUGCCAAGCAUUACACUCAAAGGAUUUCCAUUAUAUCUUUACAAUAAUGUGGCUCUGCAAGAUUGCUUAGUAAAUCCUCAGUCUCCUCUGCUGCACAUAACCAAAGCCCCAAGGGUUGAGAAAGGCCCAUUACCUGGUGAAGAUUGGACCAUUUUCCAAUAUAAUCAUUCUACAUACCAACCAGUGCUUUUAACAGAAAUUCAGGCUUCCAAACCAUUCCCAGCAUCACUGCCAAAGGUUUCUCUUUAUGCUACAGUGAUUCAGGACCUGGGACUACAUGAUGGAAUUCAAAGAGUCCUUUUUGGAAACAAUUUGAACUUUUGGCUGCACAAACUCAUUUUUAUAGAUGCCAUCUCCUUCUUGACAGGGAAAAGGCUUUCACUGUCCUUGGAUAGAUACAUUCUUGUUGACAUUGAUGACAUCUUUGUUGGAAAAGAAGGGACAAGGAUGAAUGUAAAAGAUGUCAAGGCCUUACUAGAGACUCAAAUUUUACUUCGCACUCAGGUUGCAAAUUUUACCUUCAACCUUGGAUUUUCAGGAAAGUUUUACCACACAGGAACCAUUGAAGAAGAUGAAGGUGAUGACUUGCUGUUGAGUUCUGUGGAUGAAUUCUGGUGGUUUCCUCAUAUGUGGAGCCACAUGCAGCCUCAUCUCUUCCAUAAUGAGUCAUCUCUGGUGGAACAGAUGAUUCUCAACAAAGAAUUUGCACUAGAACAUGGUAUUCCAACUGGCAUGGGCUAUGCAGUGGCUCCUCACCAUUCUGGUGUAUAUCCUGUUCAUAUUCAGCUUUAUGAAGCCUGGAAGAAAGUCUGGGGUAUUAAAGUCACAAGUACUGAAGAGUACCCUCAUCUAAAACCUGCACGGUACAGACGGGGCUUCAUCCACAAUGGCAUCAUGGUACUCCCUCGACAGACAUGUGGACUUUUCACCCAUACCAUUUUUUACAAAGAAUAUCCUGGAGGGCCUCAAGAACUAGAUAAAAGUAUUCGAGGAGGUGAACUGUUUCUUACCAUUCUUCUUAACCCCAUCAGUAUCUUCAUGACUCAUUUGUCAAACUACGGAAAUGACCGGCUAGGUUUAUAUACAUUUCUCAACCUGGCCAGCUUUGUUCAAACAUGGACUAACCUGAAGCUGCAGACCCUCCCGCCAGUUCAGCUGGCUCGCAAGUACUUUGAGCUUUUCCCUGAGCAAAAAGACCCACUCUGGCAGAAUCCAUGUGAUGACAGACGUCAUAGGGAUAUCUGGUCUAGAGAGAAAACAUGUGACCAUCUACCAAAAUUUCUUGUGAUAGGACCCCAGAAAACAGGAACAACUGCACUUUAUUUAUUUCUCCUUAUGCAUCCCUCCAUCAUUAGCAAUUUCCCUAGUCCAAAAACCUUUGAAGAAGUUCAGUUCUUUAAUGGAAACAACUAUAACAAGGGAAUAGACUGGUACAUGAGCUUCUUUCCUACUCCUUCCAACAUCACCACUGAUAUCUUGUUUGAGAAAAGUGCCAACUAUUUUCAUUCAGAGGAUGCCCCCAAACGGGCUGUCUCCUUGAUCCCCAAAGCAAAAAUCAUCACAAUUCUCAUUGAUCCAUCAGACCGAGCAUAUUCCUGGUAUCAGCACCAACGUUCUCAUGAGGAUUCUGCUGCUCUUAAAUUCAAUUUCUAUGAAGUGAUUACUUCAGAUGACUUGGCACACUCAGAGCUAAAGAUUCUACAAAAAAGAUGUUUAAUUCCUGGCUGGUAUGCGAUCCAUAUAGAGAGAUGGCUAAAAUACUUUCCCACUUCCCAGUUGCUAAUUAUUGAUGGACAGCAGCUAAGAAGUGACCCUGCUAGUAUCAUGGAUGAAGUUCAAAAGUUUCUGGGAGUUUCUCCACAUUAUAAUUACUCUGAAGCCCUAACGUUUGAUCCUCAGAAAGGAUUUUGGUGUCAGCUGCUUGAGAGUGGAAAGACAAAGUGUCUGGGCAAAAGCAAAGGCCGGAAAUAUCCACCAAUGGAUCAAGAGUCUAGGGCAUUCCUUUCAAACUACUACAGAGAUCACAACGUGGAACUUUCCAAAUUGCUACACAGACUUGGACAACCUUUGCCAUCCUGGCUAAGACAAGAGCUUCAGAAACUGAGAUAGCACCAAGAAGAGACUGUACCUCAUCCUGUUUCCUUCACUGUACCACCCUUUGCUUUACUGAUGGAUUUUCAGUUGUAAAAGACCACAUUAAUAAUUCUUCCUCAAAAUUAAUAAAAUAAGAAAUAAAGCCACACAGCAAAAGGAGGCAGGAAAGCUAUAAAUGUAUGUGUGCUAUCAGCUUUUGGGUCUAGAAAAAACAUUCGAGCUAUGAGGAAUUGUUCUUUAUCUUGUCUGGGACUCACACAUAUUCCAGUCACCGGAAAAGUCACAGAAAUUGUGUUUAUGAUCGAUACUCUUCAUUAUAUAUGACAAAUUACAGUCUGUCAAGACACAAGCAAAAGGAUAGAAACAUCUCUCAGAGGAUUGUGAGUGCAUCCUUUCCAUGCAGUUUUCUAAAAUAUGGAUCCAAGGACUGGAUGCUCUCCAUCACUCCUGCAUCCCCAACUAUGAAUAAAGAUUCAUAAAUGACAUAAACUCUUACAUCUGCCAAGUUGCAAGGACUGUUUUUUUAAAAGAUAUAGCUAUAGAAAACGUAAUCAUCCCAUUGAAAAUGAUUUCAAUAUACACUUUGAUGUUAACUGCCUUGAAAAUGAAUUGUUUUCUAUCUAACUGUUGCAAAUCCCAUUUGCCUGGAUAUAUACUUGAUUCAAGAACUGAAGGGGACAUAACUUCCAAUCCCUCUGGAGUAUUUUUAGUUUAUUUGGGAAUUUGUUUAGGGAAUGGACACAAAAUUGUAAAUACAUUGUAUUUUUCUCACUUCUACAGAAUAAAAUUUUCUGCUGCACUAUU